AUGAAUCAACCAAGAUAUUUCUCCAAUUUUACCCAAAGAACAAGAAAGGUUGCAUCGAUUAUUGGACACGAAAUCCGCAAUGGAAAAGUCUACUACGACGUUAUGUUGUACGGCGGAUUGGUGCCAACCAGUGCUCCAAUUGACCAUUUGAUGGUAUGUUAUUUUCUUUGUUUUUUUGGGUUUUAGGUAGAAUUGAAAUUUUUUGGGAUAUUCGUGGAUUGGAUAACAUAAUUUUUGGUUUAGGAGAGGGAAUUUCAAGUUGUAACGCUGUUUGCUAGCUGGUCAAUCUUCUAGUUUUAUUUUUGAGAACAUAUUUGACGUGUUCAUGUUGAUUUUGAAGUUUUGAAAGUUGUUUUUUGUUUGGUUUGCGUGGGUUUUUGUUAUGGAUAAUAUAAUUUUUGUUACAAAUUAAUUCGUUUGAUGGUUAGCACGUUUUGGAUAGUUUACUUAGUAUUUUGAAGCGAACAUUGUACUUGUUUUGUUGGUUUAAAACAAUUUUUGAUUGAUUUUCUUAAGAUUGUUCAAUAGACUUCAUGGAUAAAAUAAUUUCUCGAUGAAAUGAAAGAUUUUGUUCUCAGAAAGGUUCUUAUUCUUUGUCAAAAGUUUUAGAAAUUAAACAGAGUUGAUGUUAAAGGUAUGGAUUGGCAAUGUAUAUUUAAAAAUUGCGAACAUUAAUUUAAGGACUUGCGCCAAGGAUAAUAUGGGAAAAUAUAAAAUUAGGUAAUAUUUGACUUUUUUUUGUAUUAUGCUGUGGUGGUUUUACGUUUUAUUAUUUUAUCUUUAUUUUGAUUUGAAGGUGUUAGAUAACAAACCAUCGAAAAAACGUUUUAGAACUGUGACAAGUUGCUGCAAGAGUAUUAUGACAAAGUUAUCAAGUCAAUCAACGACGGGCAGUCUGUGAACACGUUUAAAGGAUCUACGACGUAAGUUUUUUGUAUUUUUCAGUUAUUAUUUGUUGUAAAAAUAGUUUUAUAUUGGGUAAAAGGAUAUUACAUGUAUUGUCUAAAAAUAAAUCAUUUUUGAAGUUUUCACUGGUUUUUUAAAAAUAAAGAUAUAAAUCUUUAACAAUAUUCUUAUCAAUUUAUUGCAGAAGCCCCCAACGCAGAUGUCAUACGAGGUCAGGAGCAUUGAAAAACGACAAGCAAAUUGAAAUUUGGAUACAGAAUGUUAAUGAAUAUUCUGCCACCUUGAAGGACUAUGCCUUCAACUUGAACGUGGACGGUCUUCAAAAGUUGAGAGCGGCUUUGGUAGCAGCAACAAAACAAGUAGAUUUGAAUUUGAGAGCUAUUGAUGGUAUCGGUUGGGAUGUGAGUUUUAUUUACUUGGUGCUGCAUGCUGUGCUUUGAAGAUUUUAGGUAACAAAUAAUUGAAAAAAAUAUUAUCAAAAUUAAAAGUACGUUUUUUUUUAAAUUUAACAGCCGAAUUUAGGCAAGGGUGUCCUUACUUUUUCUUUUUUUCAGAAGAAAUCUGAAGGUACUCUCUUUGGUGGCACUUAGAAGCUUGAUUAUUAAUAUAUACUUUUCAGGCCCUGAACCGUUGCGUAAAUUCAACAAUGAUGUCAAAUGUUCAUCUGGACUCUACAGUGGAUUCCGAAGACCAAGAACAUCCUCAGGAUAUUAAUCCUGCUCUGUGGCGCUUUUUCGAAAAAGGAAAAACCAAACAAGGAAGAGUCUGUGUCAGAUGCCUGUACUGUUCUAAAAUAUACACUGGGCCUUGUAUCGGCACAUCAGGGAAAAAUCACGCACAGCGAGUUCACGGUAUUCGAACGGACGAUCUCGACAAGCUUGGUUUUAUCGACGAAGUUAAAAAGUUCGGAAUGGAUGCGAACUUUAACUUUGAGGCCGCGUGGAAGGUAAGAGAAGAUAAAUUUUUAUAUGUUAAUUUAGGCAAGGUAUGAACAAUAUGAUGUUCAACAUCACAAAUUUUAAUAAAAAAUGAUUUAGCGAAAGUCCGAGGCUCCAGAAAACCCGCCUGUAGCGAAGAAACAAAGGAAGUCUUGCUUGGAUGUGCCAGAAUCUACACUUGAUGAUAUUCUAGAGUGCUUACGAGCUGCGGAACGUGAAACGUCCGAAUCAGCAUCAACUUCUUCUGCUCCGCAAGCUGCGAACUUAGUGAAUGAGGCAGAAGAUGAGGAUAUUCAAGUCGAGGCAGCGUUCGUUAACGAUGGAAACAAUCAAACUGUGAGAGUUUUUUGAAUCAUACUAAAGAGGAUUUACUUUACUAAUUAAUUAGUAGGUGUUAAUUACAGUGACAAGUCUUUUGUUGCUUAUACUUAGAGGUUACUUUAUUUAUCUUUGAUGUACUACUUUUUAGGUUUAAUUUUUGUUUUAUAUAAAGUGACUUUAAGUUAAAGUUUUUAACAUAUUUCAGGAAGCAUUUGACAAGUACUUUGGUGAUGGAGUGGACGAAGAAGACAGCUUUUUGGUAAGUUUUAUGGGUUUAGUUUCUAUUUUUGUAUGACUCCUUUCUUAGUUAACGAGAGUUUGCUCUUGUUAUAUUAGUUUACUUAAAAUAAAUAUUGUUUUUCUGUACAAAAGCCUAAUAAGCUUAAUUUGUUUUAAUUUCAUUUUCUAACAUUUUUUAAUGUUACAGUUAUCCAACAUCGAGAUGGACUUUGGAAACGAUUUAUUGGAUAAGCUUCAGCUGAAAGUCGAGCCAAGCGACACUUUACCCGUGGAAUGCGAAGUAAUUUUGCACUAA